AUGGUUGAGCUCGGCGCCAACAGGCUCACGCCCAUCGGCAUCGGAGACGAUAAGGACGAGGAUAAGUUCGAGACCGGCUUCGAGCAGUGGCUCCCGACCUGGCUGGAGGAGGUGAAGGCCCCGCCCGACCCGAAGGAGAACGACCCGCCCGCGCCCCUCUUCGAGCUCACCGCGGUGCAGGCCAAGGACGCCCUGCCGGAGCUCGCGCGGCCUGCGCGCACGAAGCGCCUCGAGCUGGGCUUCAACAAGCGCAUCUCGCCCGCGGACUACGAGUACUCCAUCCGCCACAUCAAGGUCGACGACCCCAACCUCGACGUGCCCUACCUGCUCGGCGACGCGCUGGCAGUGCACUGGAAAAACGACGAGGCGCGCGUGCGCGAGUUCCUCGCCGCCUACGGCCUGGACGCCGACCAGUGCUUCACGGCCACGCCCCUGGAGGGCGCCAACGCCGGCGUGAAGGCCGAGCGCCUGAGCGGCCCCUUCAAGGUGGCCACCCUCUUCACGGAGCUCCUGGACAUCUUCGGGCGCCCGAGCAAGAACUUCCUCAAGGGCAUGGCCAAGGUGGCGCCGCCGGGCGUGGACAGGGAUCGCCUGGAGUUCCUCGUCUCCGACGCCGGCAAGGAUGCCUUCACGGAGGAGAUCUCUGGCGCGGCGCUCACCUUCGCAGAGGUGCUGCAGAAGUUCCCGUCGGCCAAGCCAGACCUGAACCAGCUGAUCACCAUGCUGCCUGGGAUCAAGCCGCGGUUAUAUACCAUCGCUUCGUCGACGCGCGCCACCCCUGGCAGCAUCGAGCUCACCGUCAUCACCAACACGUUCGAGAACAACAAGGGGGAGGAGAAGGUCGGCUCCUGCACGGACUACUUCGAGCGCAUGGACACCGACAAGGCCUCGGGCGUGCUCUCCGUCGACUGCUCCAUCUCUCCGGGCACCUUCGAGUUCGGGGAGCCGGAGGUGCCCAUGGUGAUGACAGGUACGGGCACCGGUGUUGCGCCCUUCCUCGCGUUCGCCAAGGAGCGCGACUGGUACAUCAAGAACCAUGGCCCGGAGCGCGCCGGGGAGAUGUGGCUGUUCUUCGGCUGCCGCAACAGGAAGAAGGACUACAUCUUGGGCGACGAGCUGGAGGAGCUCUCGGAGAAGGGGGUGCUCACCCACCUGCGCCCAGCCUUCUCGCGCGACGGCCCCAACAAGGUCUACAUCCAG